ACCUGCACAACCCGCUCAACCAUACUUAUGUCAAAGCCCCACAGCUCCCGCGUCUCUCUCCCUCUCUUUCUUGUGCAAAAAAUCCGCCCCUAACUCAUACACCUUGACAUGUCUGGCAAGAACGACGCCCAGGCCCAGGCAGCCGGCCGCCUCCAGCACAUCGGCAGCCAGCUCGAUGGCGAGAACACUUUCUUCAACCCCAACCGCCUCAAGUAUGCGGCCUCCUUGCCCAAGGGCCGCCCCGUCAACAACACCCCCCUCAACCCCCUCACUUUCCUCCUCCGCUCGGCCUAUAUCCGCCCCCAGCGCAUCGCCAUGAAGCACCCCGCAAUCGGCGUCGAAUGGACCUACUCGGAGUGGGCGAUGCGCGUGUGCGCGCUCGCCUACGGUCUCAAGAAGCGCGGCAUCAAGCCUGGAGAGCGCGUCGCCGUCAUCUGCCCUAACGUGCCGAUGAUUCUCGACCUUAUCCAGGCCGUGCCGGCGGUGCACGGCGUGAUUGUCCCGAUGAACAUCCGCCUGACCAAGGCCGAGGUCAACUACAUCCUAGAGCACUCUGGCGCCGUCAUGGUGGUUGCCGACCACGAGUUUGCGCACCUCGCCGCCGACUUCAAGGGCCCCGUGAUUGUGUCCAAGGACUCGGGCGGCCGCGACCCCACGUGCCAGUACGAGCAGCUGAUCGAGGAGGGGCGGCACGAGGCCGACACCAUCGGGUGGCAGGGCCACACACUCAUCGAGGACGAGGAGUCAAACUACGCCAUCUGCUACACGUCCGGCACGACCGGCCGCCCCAAGGGCGUCGUCACCACCUACCGCGGCACGUACCUCGCCGCGCUCUCCAACGCCAUGGAGUCGCGCAUGUUCACCGAGUCGACCUACCUGUGGAUCCUGCCCGCCUUCCACGCCAUGGGCUGGACCUUCCCGUUCGCUGUCACCGCCGCAUCCUCGGGCCAAGUAUGCUUGCGCUCCGUUGGCGACUACUCGCCCAUCUGGGAGUCGUUCAGCCGCGACAAGAUCACGCACUACUGCGCUGCCCCCACUGUCCAGAUCGGCAUCUGCAACCACCCGCAGGCGCACAAGAUCACGCACGACAUCCGCACCCUCGUUGCCGGCGCCGCGCCCUCCGCUUUCCUCAUCAACACGCUCGAGAAGAAGCUCGGCAUCCAGGUCAUCCACGUGUACGGCCUGACCGAGACGUACGGCCCCAUGACCAACUGCAUCCAGCACCCCGAGUGGGCGGUUGAGCUGCACGAGGAGGAGUUCUACCGCCGCAAGGCGAUGCAGGGGCACGCCUUUGUCGGCGCCGACGAGGCGCGUGUCAUCCGCCCCGAGUCGGACCCCUCCAAGGGGUACGAGGACGUCACCCCGAACGGCAAGGAGGUCGGUGAGAUUGUCAUGCGCGGCAACAUCGUCAUGAAGGAGUACUGGAACAACCCGGAGGCGACCGCGGAGGCGUUCGAGGGCGGCUGGUUCCACUCUGGUGACCUCGCCGUGCGCAUGCCCUACGGCAUGAUCUCGAUCCAGGACCGCUCCAAGGACAUCAUCAUCUCUGGCGGCGAGAACGCAUCUUCCCUUUCCAUCGAGAGCGCCAUCUACCAGCACCCCGACGUGCUCGAGUGCGCGGUGGUUGCUCGCCCGCACGAGAAGUUCGGCGAGCGCGCACACGCGUUCAUCAUCCUCCGCCCUCACGCAGAGCCCAAGUGGGCCGGCAAGGAGGACGAGUUCCACGUCGAGCUCAAGACCUUUGUCAAGCCCCUCCUCCCCGGCUUUGCCCGCCCCGAGUGGGUCGAGGUCGUCCCAGAGCUCCCCAAGACGUCGACCGGCAAAAUCCAGAAGCACGAGCUCCGCAAGCGCUUCAAGAGCAUCAUCCCGGGCCAAUAGGCCAAGUGUAGUGUAUUAGGUUAGGCGGGUAGCCGUGUAGGACGAUCAAAGAGUCAGUAGCCAUAUGCAUCGCAGUUACGAACACGCACGAACACGGUGCACAGAGAGGUGCGUGUAUAUCAAGUGUAUCAAACGGAGCAACGCAAUCUUUCAGGAGGAGCCUGUAGAUAAUGAAGCCUGUAGA